AUGGGGGAGGAUCGGGCUGUGAGAAGAGCGUAUGUGGGGCACCCGGGCGGAAAACAUCCGUCUGGGCGUCCCAGAUACCGCUGGAGUGACGAAGCCCAAAAAGACCUGUCCGCCCUCGAAAUACCGAACUGGCGCGAAGUGGCGCAGAAUACGGCAGAGUGGCGCUCUCUUGUGUCAGAAGCCAAGAUCCUCUUUGGUAUCGGCAACACAGACCGCCUGCUGACGCUCGCCAGCAAGCCUGGUGCGCUUGACUGCCUCGACGGCAUCCGAGCCCUCUCCAUACUCUGGGUCAUCGCGGGACACUCGGCCCUUGUUCAUUUCGGGACGUAUUUAAGCAACUUUGUUGAUUAUCUUGAAUGGUCAGUAAAUUUAAGAGCAGUUUACCUUUCGGCUGCAAACUUGAGCGUUGACUCGUUCUUUGCUCUCAGUGGUCUCCUACUAGUUUACACAGCAGCCAAUAAAAUGAACCCUACGCAACUAAUAAAAAACCUUCACCUAUUCUACCUUCACCGUCUCCUGCGGAUGUUCCCGCUGCUGGCAGCCGCGGUGCUGCUCCAAGCCUCAGUGUUUCACCAGGUGUCCGACGGCGUACGUUGGAACAACGUCGCGUGGGAAACGCAGAAGUGCCGCGACCAUUGGUGGUCGGCACUACUGCACAUACAGAAUUGGGUCAACCCUCGUGGUAUUUGCCUAUCCCAUUCGUGGUACCUGUCAGUGGACGUACAGCUGCACAUCCUGUCACCGCUGCUGCUGUUCUGGGUACUUGGCAGUCGCCGCUCUGCCUGGGCCGGGCUCGCUGCCGCAAUCCUGGGCUCUCUCACCUUCGUCACUGUCUAUAGUUUCCUAAACAACUUCACUGGAAACCAAGACACUCAAUACACAGUAUACUUCUAUAUUAACACCCUUGCACGGUCACCGGUAUUCAUAAUCGGCAUGCUGUGCGGAUACGUGCUGCACGUUUCAAGAAAUAAGAAGAUUGUGAUGCCUUGGUGGUUGGUUUGCUUCGGACAUACAUUGGCUAUAGUACUGUCAGGGUACUGCAUGUACCACGAGCACCCCGAAUGGAGCCAAUUAGCCAUCAACUUCAACACAGCUUUAGUACGGCCCGCUUGGGCUGUCUCACUCUGCUGGCUAAUUGUCGCAUGCGUCAACGGAUAUGCAGGUCCGAUCAACUGGUUCCUCUCCAUCAACCUAUGGAAGUUUGUAGCCCGAAUCUCAUACGCAAUGUACAUCUUUCACUUCCCGAUGCAGUUCGUAAUGGUUGGCGCCAACAUCAUGCCCAUUUACUUCAACUUCGAAACCGUUGUAAGUAGAUUAAUACCAGAAAAUAGAGGACCAUUUUAUACAAAGUAG